AUGCUGCAGCUGCAAUGAAGCCUACUGGGAGCUUAUAUCAGGAUCUACAACGUAAAAAGCCGGCUUAUCAGGUGCAUACGAGGAAGUUAAGUACUGGGGAGGUUAUGACAUUACCACCCGAAUUACAAAAAGAUAUAAAUCAAUUUAGAAUUGAUGGUUUCGCUAGAAAGUAUUUUAACACUCAUAAAAAAGGAAUAUUUAGAAAGAAAGUACCUGUAGAAAAGAUGUUGUUAUUUCAAAAGGAUUUGAUUAAUCAAUCUUUGAUGGUACUUAAUACUAAUGUACAAAAAGAUGCAAUAAAAUGUUUUAAAGUAAUUCAACGUAUAAUGGGAGAUCGAUCCAAGGGAAGGAAUGGGCCCGCAAAUGUGCUAGAAGAUAUACAGUGGUUGUUAGAUCGCGGAAUAUUAUAUGGUGAAUUGAGGGAUGAAAUUUAUGUACAAAUUUGUAAACAACUAAAUGACAAUCCCAAUAUGGAAAGUAUAAGGAAAGGAUGGGAAUUAUUAAGUGUGGUAACAGUUACAUUCCCCCCUUCAAAAAAUCUUGAAGCAUAUUUAAUGCAAUAUAUUGUAGACCAUUUUUCAAAAACUGAAAAUCAAGUUGAUAUAUUGAGCAAACAUGUACAUAAUCGUCUAUUAAGAAUAUGUAAACGAGGUCCACGUGGUAAAGCGCUGACAUUGGCUGAAAUUGAGAGAGCUAAGGAAGCACCAUUUAGUCCUUCAGUUUUUGGAGAAAAUUUGGGAUUUAUAAUGAAAUUACAAGAACAAGCUUUUCCACAACUUAAAAUACCUAGGAUAUUACCAUUUCUUGCACACGCUAUUUUAGAAUUAAAUGGUCAAUUUAGUGAAGGAAUAUUUCGUGUACCAGGGGAUGCUGAUUAUGUAACCGAAUUGAAAUUGAGGAUAGAAAAAAAUAGAUAUGAUAUGAGUGGUAUAAGUGAUCCAAAUGUACCAUCAUCAUUAUUAAAAUUUUGGCUGAGAGAUUUGGCUGAACCACUUAUACCUGAUACAUUCUAUGAUAAAUGUAUUAAAUUUUCUGAAGACAAAAAGGCUGCCGUUGAUAUUGUCAAGGAAUUACCUUUAAUUAAUCAAAGAGUUGUUGCUUUUACCAUUAAUUUCUUACAGAAAUUUGCCGAUCCCCAAACGAUUAGGAUGACAAAAAUGAAUAUACAUAAUUUGGCUAUGGUAUUUGCCCCAAAUUUCUUAAGAUGUCCUUCAGAUAAUUUAGCCGUAAUAUUUGAAAAUACAAAAUAUGAACAAUCAUUUUUGAGAACUUUAUUAAUAAAUUUAAAUAGUAAAGAUUUUUUUGAUGAUGUUGACGAUGUAUUAUUC